AUGAGCUACGAAUAUUUCAUACAAGAAAUCAUCGUCACGCCAGAAGAAGUCUCAGUCGUCUUUGUAAGCAAAGAAGAGGCUUUUAGACGUAUGGAAGAAGAAUAUAAGGCAAAAUUGGAGCAGCUGAAAGAGUUCCAUAGGAGAGAAAUGAUAAAUUCAGAGAGUGAAUAUAGGAAAUCAAAAGAACAGGUUGAUAAUGAACAGAGGCAAAAAAUGAAGGAGUUCGCGAAAGCACAGAAGAAGCUAAAAGAAGAAAUGAUAAGGCUAUAUGAAGAAGCCUUGACGAAGAGAAGAAUGAUGGACGAAGAAGCGAUACGAGAAAUCAGGGAGCAAAGACGAUUAAAUGAAGCUAAGUUCAGAAGAGAAAUGGACCAGCUGCUGGCUGAAGAAAGAAAAAUACAAGAGGAAAGAGAGAGAAUGGCCAAAGAACAUGCAGAAAGACUGCAAGAGGAUGAAGAGGAAAUAAAAAAGCUAAAAUUGGAAACACAAGAGUAUAUUGAAAAUCUAAAAAAACAGUGCGCUUUAGAGUCAGAAAUCAGGAAAAACCAGCAUGAAAAAGAAUUGGAAUUAAUAAGAAAAAGAGAAGCUCAAGAAAUAGAAAAAAUCAGAAGAGAGCAGGAGGAACAAAUCAGGGAGAUUGAGCAAGACAGCAGCAGUUCAUAUGUUCCUGAAUGGCUAAGGCGAUUUAUUCAAUAA